AUUUCUUCUCUUCCCUCAACAUCCACAACCCAUCCUCCUCCAAUUCACCACCACCUCACUACACUCCAACAUGGCUGACGAAGUUUACGAUGGUGCCGUCGGCAUCGAUCUGGGCACCACCUACUCUUGCGUGGCUGUCUACGAGGGCGCCACCGUUGAGAUCAUUGCCAACGAGCAGGGUAGCUUCACCACCCCAUCUUUCGUUUCUUUCACCGACAAGGAGCGUUUGAUCGGUGAGUCGGCCAAGAACCAGGCUGCCAUGAACCCAACGAACACUGUCUUUGAUAUCAAGCGUCUCAUUGGCCGCCCCUUCGAUGAUCCUCAUGUUAAGACCGACUCCGAGUCCUGGCCUUUCAAGAUCGUGGACGUCGAUGGAUCGCCCAGUGUUCAGGUCGAGUAUCUCGGAGAGAUCAAGACCUUCUCCCCCCAGGAAAUCUCCUCCAUGGUUCUCACCAAGAUGAAGGAGGUUGCUGAGGUCAAGUUGGGCAAGAAGGUCUCCAAGGCCGUCAUCACUGUCCCAGCCUACUUCAACGACAACCAGCGUCAGGCUACCAAGGACGCCGGUGCCAUUGCUGGCCUCAACGUUCUCCGUAUCAUCAACGAGCCUACCGCCGCCGCCAUUGCUUACGGUCUCGGUGCCGGAAAGUCCGCCAAGGAGCGUAACGUUCUCAUCUACGAUCUCGGUGGUGGAACUUUCGAUGUCUCCCUCCUGAACAUCCAGGGUGGUGUCUUCACCGUCAAGGCUACUGCUGGUGACACCCACUUGGGUGGACAGGAUUUCGAUACCAACCUCCUUGAGCACUUCAAGAAGGAGUUCUUCAGGAAGACGAAGAAGGAUAUGUCCGGUGACCCACGUGCUCUCCGUCGUCUCCGCACUGCUUGCGAGCGUGCCAAGCGCACUCUCUCCAACGGUGCCCAGACCACUGUUGAGAUCGACUCCCUUUUCGACGGCGAGGACUUCAACGCCCAGAUCACCCGUGCUCGUUUCGAGGACAUCAACUCCAAGGCUUUCAACGGCACUUUGGACCCAGUUGCCCAGGUCCUCAAGGACUCUGGCAUCGAGAAGAGCAAGGUUGACGAGAUCGUCCUUGUUGGUGGCUCCACCCGUAUCCCAAGGAUACAGAAGCUCCUCAGCGACUUCUUCGGCGGCAAGAAGCUCGAGAAGUCCAUCAACCCCGAUGAGGCUGUUGCCUACGGUGCCGCCGUCCAGGCUGGUAUCCUCUCCGGAAAGGCCACCUCUGCCGAGACCGCCGACCUCCUCCUUUUGGAUGUCGUCCCUCUCUCCCUUGGUGUUGCCAUGGAGGGUAACAUCUUCGCCCCAGUCGUUGCCCGUGGCCAGACUGUCCCUACCCUUAAGAAGAGGACCUUCACCACCGUCGCUGAUAACCAGCAGACCGUUCAGUUCCCUGUCUUCCAGGGUGAGCGUGUGAACUGCGAGGACAACACCUCCCUCGGAGAGUUCACCCUUGCUCCUAUCCCACCGAUGAAGGCUGGCGAGGCCGUCCUUGAGGUCGUCUUCGAGGUCGAUGUCAACGGUAUCCUUAAGGUCACCGCCACUGAGAAGACCUCCGGCCGCAGCGCCAACAUCACCAUCUCCAACUCUGUUGGUAAGCUCUCUUCCGCUGAGAUCGACAACAUGAUCAGCGAGGCCGAGAAGUUCAAGUCCACCGACGAGGCUUUCUCCAAGAAGUUCGAGUCCAAGCAGCAGCUUGAGUCUUACAUCUCGAGGGUUGAGGAGAUCAUCUCUGACCCAACGAUGUCCCUCAAGAUCAAGCGCGGACAAAAGGAGAAGAUUGAGUCUGCUCUCAGCGAGGCCAUGGCCCAGCUCGAGAUCGAGGACUCGUCCGCUGAUGACCUUAAGAAGAAGGAGUUGGCUCUCAAGCGCGCCGUCACCAAGGCUCUGUCCACCCGCUAAAUAUGGUUUUGAUUGUAUUGUACCCGGGCCGCAACCAGGCGUAGGAAAACGAUUUCGACGCAUGAAUUUCACGACAUGGCUGGCAUAUCUGGAUUGGCUCGAGUUCUCUGGGUUCCAAAAGUUCCGACUGAGAUGUGGUUCAAGGAUGUUUCCCACUAUUUCAUCACGUCCUUUCCGCGCAUUGUAGAAUUACGAAAUGCGCAAGUAAUUGAAAACUUAAAAAAUA